AUGGCCGACACCGACGCUGGCACUUACCAGGUCGACGUCGACUCGCCAGAGGCAGUCCGUAUCUUGACCGUCCUGGCUCACCCACAAUACCGCAUUGUUCAAGUUGGACACAAGCCAGACAUUCCCAUCUCGCAUGUUGCAAAUGCAUUUGGCUUUCUUGGUCUCGUUCAGCUCGUCGGCUACCUCUUUCUCCUGGGCUACAAUGCCUGGGUCAGCACUGCAACGGGCAGAAAGGCCUGGGCCGCAUGGUUGUUCGCUAUCGGACAAUGUCUCGAGCAACUUGGAAUGGUUGCGGAUUCGUUGUGGAGACUGAUCGUCGGUUUUGCACGCUCUGAGCAACAACGCCAGAGACUUCGUCUCAUGGGCGAUGGUGACAAAGUUCCACUUGUUGAUGUCUUCAUCGUCUCGUGUGGCGAGCCAAGAGACAUCAUUCUUGACACGGUUAAAGCGGCCCUCCACAUCGACUACCCCAGAGACCGAUUCCGAAUAAUCCUUUCCGAUGAUGGGAACGACAAAAAGUUGAGGAACGCCUGCGAGGGCAUCAAGAAAAGAUACCACAACCUCCACUAUUGGGCCCGUGAUAAGAAGGAGGAGAAUCAUGGGUACAAGGCUGGCAACCUCAACACGGCCAUGAGACAUUUUGAUGACCCGGCUGAGUUCAAAGCUGUCUUCGAUGCUGACAUGAUUCCGGAACCUGGUGUCCUCCGAGUGCUCCUCCCGCACAUGUUGAUGGACGAUCGUGUCGGCAUGGUGACAUGUGCCCAACACCACUACAACAUCCCUGACAAUGAUCCAUUGUAUCAGGCAAAUGUGACUGGCCCAGGUGCAGACGAUGGUAUUCGUGACAGCGUGGGCGCAGCUUGGUGUCCAGGUAGUGGUUUCAUCAUUCGACAUGAUGCAUGGUUUGACAUUGGUGGCUUCCCCGAAUUCUCCAUUACUGAAGAUCUGAUCACAAGCUGGCUUCUCCACGGCAAAGGCUGGAAAAUCGCUCUGGUCCAUGAGGUUCUUCAAUGGGGCAUCCAACCUGACUGCAUCAUCAGCCAUCUGAAACAGCGUCGUCGUUGGUGGACUGGUCAUAUUCAUGACGCUUGGACACUGAAAUUCUCUUUCGACCAACGCGUCCGAGGUGCCUUUCCCAUUCAACGUAUGGCCAUGUUCCACCACUGCCUCCGCCCAUGGUUGUACACUGUCUGCAGAUUUCUUGGCCUUUUCUUGUGCUUGAUUGCCAUGGCAGUUGGACCUGUUGUUGCCACUCCUCAGGCAGAUUCCCUUUACAUGGUGACCUUGGCUCUGGCCUGCCGGUGGGUGUUUACUGCCUGGUCUGACUGGAAGUCCGGUCAGCGUGGCAUCUUCUGGAACCUGAGACGACGCCAAGCAACAAAUGCCUGGAUGGCAAACCACUUCACCCGAGACGUUUUUCGAACCAUAAUCCCUUCUUCCUGGUGCUCCAGGCUUGGUUUUGAAAUCAGUAGAGCUGACAAAACCUCGACUGGAGUCAAGGAACGAUAUGCGGACAAACGCCCUAAAGGAUACAGGGAGCGCCUUCUCAGCAUUCAACGUCGCGAGGGCAUUUUGUAUCAUGGUGUUGUCGCCGUCGUGUACAUUAUUGUCGUCCUGGUCGUCCUGGUCUUUGAGUGGCGCAGCAGCUCGCCAAAUUUCUGGUACCGCAUCAUGGCUCGAAUCGGGUUCCCAGGGAUGGGCAUGAUUGAGGUGGUUCCUUUGUACCUGAGUCCCAUCAUCUAUGCCAUGUUUCCACCAACAAUGCCAAAGCGCCGUGAUUGCAUGGUGUACAAUGCAGAGUUGAAGGUGUGGCGUCCAGCUGAGGAGUUCAAAACCAUUGAGUGGACAAGAGAGUCGUGGUGGCUGGAAGUACCACAUGCUUUGGCAAUGACCUGGCUGCCCAUCUGCAUCAUGUACCUCCGUCUCUUUCUGGCCGGGGAAGGCAACGAGCUUGCGUAA